UCGGUGCGGCACUGGGUGGGACAGGAUCAAUUCAACUCCCAUUAGUGGAGCAAGUAUUCUGGGGCCCGGGUUUCCUGGAAGUGAUUCGAUAGAACACCACCUUAGGCCCGGUUUCUAUCAGUUUAUCCGUGGUUCAUUCCCGCGUGUGUACGAUUCUCACUGUGUGGAAUGUGCGGUGGGAUUCUGUUCGUACAGGAUCGACGUGUUUUCGAUACGAAAACAUUGUGAGAACGGAACGGAACGGAACCUACGACUCGUGAUCUAACCACCGGCACCAGCAUGUCGCCAACGUUUUCCGGUAAUCGUACGGCACGCGAACCAACCCGAUCCUGAUAGUGCGCUGUUGGAGUGAUUGGUGCACCACCACCACCAUCACGUGGCUCGAAGCUCGCGGCUGCACUAGUUGUUAGUAGUAAUUCAACGAUCGAUAGUGUGUAGUCCCGGAAAUCGCAAAUCAAACCACAGUGCGUGUUGUGGGGAUUGUAAUCACGUGCAACCAUAACCGGAAAUGGCAGAAGUGAUGAGUGAAAAGCGGGAAAGCAGCAAGGUCGUCGAAGCGGGGGCCCUGGGUGGCAGCAAUGGUGAUGAGCACAUUGGCAACGGGAAUGUACAGCUGAGCGAUGAGGAGAUUAUGGCCGGUAUGCUGCAGACACGGUUUCUGCACGCUAAAAAGCUUGAUCCGGACUACUCGCAUCUGUUCAGGCGCAAAAACAUCGGGCAGCUGAUACGGUUGUCCGCCGUCAUCGUCGGCAUCGAGUUCCUGUACGCGGCGGAAACAGCAUUCGUUACACCGAUCCUUCUUGGAAUUGGCCUUUCGCACACCUUCAUGACGAUGAUUUGGGCUUUCUCCCCGGUGCUCGGUUUUUUCUGUGCUCCGAUGAUCGCCUCGCUCAGUGACACGAUCCGGUUACAGUGGGGCCGUCGGCGGCCCGUUCUACUUGCCCUUGGCAUAGCCAUGAUGGCGGGCAUGUGGAUCCUACCGCACGGUAAAACGAUCGGUGUGUUCUUCGGUGAUCCCGACGUACCGGUCGAUGAGAUGGAGGGCUUCCGGUGGGCCAUUCCCGUGACGAUCGUGGGUCUGGUGUUGACGGACUUUGAUGCCGAAACGAGCAACGGAAUCGCUCGGGCUUACUUCAUGGACAUGUGUACGCCUGACGAUCAAGCUCGUGUCCUAACGACGGCCAUGUUUAUCGGCGGUAUCGGCGGUACGGUCGGGUACGUCCUCGGUGCCAUCGACUGGAACCAAGCGAAUCUGAACUUUCUCGGCAGCAACGAAGCCACCGUGUUCCUGUUCGUGUUCUGUGUGGUCGGCAUCGGGCUUACGAUUACGGUCACAAGCUACCGUGAAAUCCCGUUGCCAGUACAGGAAUCCGAUCCACUGCUCCGACCGAUCUCGACCAGUGCGUUCGAAGCGGAAAAAGCGCGCCAGCUGGCCGUGUACAGUAUCUCGAAGGAGGUGAUCGAUCCGGUGAAAGUGCAACCGGAAGCACCACCGAUCGCCGAUGAGGACGAGAAGCCCCUUCAGUUGCGUGACUUCCUGCGAAACAUCGUCCGAAUGCCGCGCAGUCUGUUCAUCCUCUACACGACACAAUUCUUCUCGCAGCUCGGCUACCUCAGCUACUGUCUGUACUUUACGGACUUUGUCGGGGCGGAGGUGUUUGGUGGGGAUUCGGCGGCACCAUCGGACACACCGGAGGGUGCACUGUACGAGGAGGGCGUCCGGUAUGGGUGCUGGGGAAUGGCCGUGUUCGCCGUGUGCAGUGCCACGUAUUCGGCCAUCAUCGAGCGAAUGAUUAAGCAAUUUGGGGCGCGACCGGUGUACAUGGGUGGUCUGUUGCUGUUCAGCUUGGGUAUGCUGGUGAUGGGACUGUUUAAGGAGAAGUUCGUCAUCUUCAUCGUCUGCCCAACUGUUGGCAUUAUGUACGCAGGGAUGUACUCUAUUCCCUAUCUGCUGAUUUCGAACUACCACAGCAAAAACUCGUUUGAGGUUAAGGAUGGCAAAUGUGUAAAGAAUACGACGAAACGUGGCUUCGGUGCUGAUGUUUCGCUCAUGAGCAAUAUGCUGUUCCUGGCGCAGCUCAUAAUUUCGCUGGCCAUCGGGAGCAUCAUUGAUGCGGUCGGGUCCAAUGUCGUGGUCAUAUUCUCCGCCAGCUUUUUCUCCCUCAUCGCUGCCCUGGUGGCUUCCCGGAUCGUUUAUAUGGGACUGUGAUGUGACAGAGAGACAGUUGGAAAGUGUGGUGCGUUGGAAACGGAAAUGUGAUAACUUUUACUAAGCAAAGUAUUAAGCAAUAAAGUGGCCUGCCAAAGGCAAGUGAUCUUCUCA